CUAAACUAUGGCGUUGUCGCUUGAAACAAUUCAAACAAGCAUGAUCAUUUCACAACAAUGGCAAUGCUCUGUUUGUCGAAAGUUAUUGAAAGACCCAAGAACGCUUCCAUGUUUGCAUUCAUUCUGUAAAGCAUGUCUCGAAGACAUUGUUCAAGCAUGUCCUGACAAAGCACCCGACGGUCGACGUAUCCGUGAGUCACCCUGUCCUAAUUGUGGCCAAUCCUUUACAAUCGAUUCCCGCAAUCAGAUCCCCGAUGUGCGACAAAAUCAUUUCAUAUGUAAUUUGGUUGAAGAAGCGACCAUCCAGGAUGAGAGUCACGAGACCGCCGACGUUCCCUGUUCGCAUGAGUGUACCGAAGGUCCUUCAAUUGCUCGUUGCCUCACCUGUAAGAAAUUCCUGUGCAAGGAAUGUCUAGCAGUCCAUAACAAAUAUCGAGGUCACAGCAAUCAUUCUGUGCUCACGAUGAAAGAGCUGACUAAGCCAGAAAAUCGGACGAAAUUGAGAGAGAAAAUAUAUUGCAAUGAACAUCAAGGCGAGACAUUGAUCGCAUACUGCCAGACAUGCGACAAGCUGGUUUGUAAGAAAUGCAUGGACGGCAAACACGCCAGGUUCGUUCAUUCCCGUUUUUUAGUUCAAAAUUUGGCAGGCUCCUGUAGGACGAGAUUGGCAUUGGAAAACCAAGCGAUGCAUACUGCUUUGUUUGAAGGAUAUGGUCGUCUUGGCAACUUACUGUUGGCGAAUAGUCUACUUGAUAGCGAUGUUGAAAGUGUUAAAAGAGACAUUGAACAGCAAAAGGAUAGCGUUAUAGCACAACUCACCGGCAUGAUAGAACAAAAGGCUGCAAUGCUUUUAGAUGAAGUUGACUCAAUUUAUUCCCGUGAGCGGUUGAGGUUGGCUGAACCAACAGAGAAUGCAAAGGAAUAUGUCGAAAAUAUGCAUCGGUCUGUUCAGCUUUCCAGAAAAUUGAUUGAAAGCGGUACGGGGGAAGAGAUUGUGUCCUCGUACAAAAUGCUGUCUGAUAACGCGGAUACUCUACUGAGAAAGUGCCCAAAUGAUUUUUGGGCACCAGUGCACGUUGCCAAGCUGAGUUACACCUCGUGUAUAAUGGAGCCAUCGAGUGAAGAGAUUAACGCGGUCUUGGCCGACUUUUUUGGAGUGGUUAAGGCCAAUGGAAUGUAUAAAUUAUAGUAAGUAGUAUUUAAACAAAGAUUUUUGCACUAUUGUACAAAGUGGUACUGUGGUUGU